GUGGAUUAACUGCGCAUGUGCAUGACCGAGCUUUUACGGAGGCUAUCGGGUUUAUCCAGGGGGUCUACAUCAAAAAAGGAAAAUAAAAGAGUCAUGUCAGGUUUUCUGGACGGAAUCCGGUGCGGAGAUUGCGAAUGCAAUGUGGACUGGGGAGAAAGGAGAAACACCAUCGCAUCUAUUGCAGCUGGAGUUCUGUUCUUCACCGGUUGGUGGAUCAUCAUCGAUGCAGCAGUGAAAUAUUCUGAUGAAGGACAGUUUCAUCAUGCAUAUCACACUUGUGGAGUCAUUGCUACAGUGGCCUUCCUCAUGAUAAAUGCUGUUUCAAAUGGCCAAGUGAGGGGGGACAGCUACAGUGAAGGCUGCAUGGGACAGACUGGCGCUCGGGUGUGGCUCUUCAUCGGCUUCAUGCUGGCUUUUGGCUCCCUCAUUGCCUCCAUGUGGAUUCUGUUUGGGGGAUUUGUUGUGCCUCAAAAGCCUGUUGUCUACCCUGGGAUUGCCAUUUUCUUCCAAAAUGCAUUCAUUUUCUUUGGGGGUUUGGUCUUCAAGUUUGGACGCACAGAGGAUCUCUGGCAGUAACUGAUUCAGCGUGUCUUCAUGUCUACAGUUUAAAGACUCUGCUUUCUGCAUUGUAUUAGAAAACAUGCUUUAGUGGUUAUUAUCUUUAUAUAAACUUUUUUAGCUUCAAAAUUAUCUUUUUUAUUUAUAUUAUUUGCAUUAAAAUAGCUAAAUCAUAACUAAACACAGAUUUGAGUAAUUUCUUUGGGAGUAUGAUCUUUUCAAGUGCACAUCUCUAAAUGUAUCUUUUUGCACUCAGAUUGUGUGGCCAUGAUUCUAUAAGUUUCUACAACUUGUGUAAAAAAAAAAAAAAAAAAAAUUUUUGUGAGCUUGACUGCCCUGAACUGUCCACAUUUCCUUUGGGGAUACUUUACUUCUAUGACAGCCUUUAAUCCAAAACGGUCUCUUGUGGAGAAAAUACAAAUAAAUUAUAAAGGCAUAUCAUUUAAGGCAGUAUUUUGUUUAACUGUACCUUAAAAUUGAUAGAAAAAUAGUUUAUUGUUUGUAUUUUACCUGAAAUAACAACAGUUACGCUCCAAAACUUGGCAGUCACUCAGAUUUUUUUGUUGAAUAAUAAGAAGCUUAAACUGCUGUCAACAAAAGUUUUCAGUCUUUUUCAGAUCUGUAUAUUUACAAAUGAUCUGUUUUCUUAAAUCAGUAAAAUUAAAACCAUCAGAUCAGUUCCUAGCAACAAUGUCAGCAUUAAACCUAAAAAAAAAAAGCCGUAAAUAAGUCUUACAAUUAUGCUUCCAAGGUUCAUCCUUGCCAUUUUAUGUAUCUUUGCACACAUAAAACAUGUAUUUUCCAAAAAAAGAAUGCAAAUGUUUUAGUUUAAAUACACUGUUAUAAAAGCACACCAAAGAGAGUUUUUACUCCGAAGAUCAAGCUCCAUCAACUUCCUUCUCCACAUUUCACUUUUGCACUGCAAGAUGGGGAAACUGUAAAACAAUAAAAUAUUGUGUUCAUUAUUGCA